AUGGCCAACAGCAACCUUCCCCGAAGAAUCAUCAAGGAAACUCAGCGUUUGCUCAGUGAACCAGCGCCGGGAAUUAGUGCAUCUCCUUCGGAAGACAAUAUGCGGUAUUUCAAUGUGAUGAUCCUUGGCCCAACUCAGUCUCCUUAUGAAGGUGGGGUUUUCAAGCUAGAACUGUUUUUGCCUGAAGAAUAUCCAAUGGCUGCUCCGAAGGUUAGGUUCCUGACAAAAAUAUAUCACCCUAACAUUGAUAAGCUUGGUAGAAUAUGUCUUGAUAUUCUGAAAGAUAAGUGGAGUCCUGCCCUUCAGAUUCGCACUGUUCUUUUGAGUAUUCAAGCUCUUCUGAGUGCACCAAACCCUGAUGAUCCACUUUCUGAGAACAUUGCCAAGCAUUGGAAAUCUAAUGAGGCUGAGGCUGUUGAGACAGCCAAGGAGUGGACCCGAUUAUAUGCCAGUGGUGCUUGA